UACAACAUGGCAGGAGGAGAACCAAUCGGUGUUCUUGUACUUAACAKUUUUUGCCUUCUCUGUGUUACCACCCUUUGUUUGUCGACUGCAAAGAUAUCAGUUUUCCGCAGACUUUAAUGUAGACGGUGGACGAGACCUCGACAUUUUUGACAUCAAUGAAGAGGCAGGGCUGAAUCUGGUAGAGGGAGACAUUGUACUUGAUGAGACACAAACACGGAAUUCUAUCAUUGGGGAUGAGUACAAGUGGCCAACAACUGUUCCCUACUACAUGGAAGAUGACUUAGAGAUCAAUGCAAAAGGCGUAAUUCUAAAGGCCUUUGAACAGUACCGCCUCAAGACCUGCAUUGACUUCAAACCAUGGAGCGGGGAAGAAAACUACAUUUCCAUCUUUAAAGGAAACGGCUGCUUCUCCUCUGUUGGUAAUCGCAAGGUCGGGAAGCAGAGGUUGUCAAUAGGAACGAACUGCGACCGCAUCGCUACGAUAGAACAUGAGUUCCUUCAUGCUCUGGGCUUCUGGCAUGAGCAGUCCAGGUCAGACCGCGAUGACUAUGUGCAGAUCGUGUGGGACCGCAUCUUGGAAGGCAGAGAACACAACUUCAACACAUAUGAUGACACCGUUUCCAGCUCUUUGGGCGUGCCCUACGACUACAACUCCAUGAUGCACUACAGCAAAGGCGCUUUCCAGAACGGUUCUGAGCCCACCAUCGUCACCAAGAUCCCUGCUUUCAGCGAUGUCAUCGGACAGCGGAUGGAGUUCAGCGACAGUGACCUGCUGAAGUUGAACCGCCUCUACAAGUGCACUCAAGGCUCCACCUUCUUGGACUCGUGUGAUUUUGAGCGUGAGAAUAUCUGUGGGAUGAUCCAGGGASAUGGGGACCAGGCYGACUGGGUGAGGGUCGUUAGUGCUGCUGSAGGGCCCGACACGGACUAUUCCAAYAUGGGCAAAUGCACAGGAUCAGGAUACUUUAUGCACUUUAGCACUGGUGCGGCCAACACCGGAGACACAGCCGUGCUGGAGAGCAGGCUUGUUUAUCCAAAAAGAGGGUACCAGUGUUUGCAGUUUUUCUACUACAACAGUGCUGGUCCCAGCGACACCCUGAAGAUCCACGUCAGGGAGUACGAUGAAGCUAAUCCCAGUGGAACGCUGCGCUUUAUAACAACACUAACUGGAUCUCCUCAGGAUUUGUGGCAGCUGCACCAUGUGAGUCUAGAUGUGAAAAAAAAGUUCAGAGUUGUCUUUGAAGGGACAAAGGGGGCCUCAGGGCCGGCAGCAGGAGGACUAUCACUGGAUGACAUUAACCUUUCCGAGACCACCUGCCCCGAGUUUGUAUGGCGGGUGAAAAACUUCAGCCAUGUCAUGGAUACGACCCCACUCGACACCUCCAUCUUUAGCCCCCCCUUCACGUCCAAGGAGGGUUACACCUUCCAGAUGCAGCUUUACCCCAGCGGUACAGGAGGCUAUUCUGGGCAGUUGUCUGCCUACGCUCACCUCGUGGCGCGGGAGGGGGACACCGGACAAACAUGGCCCUGCCCGUGGAAGCAGAUGACCAUGAUGCUGAUGGAUCAGCACCCUCACAUUCAAAAGCGCAUGUCCAAUCAGCGCAGCGUCACCACUGACCCGACCAUGAAGGCAMCAGAUUCGGAACUUUUCUUCUGGGAUGAUCCACGGAAGGUUGGCACUGAGGUGACGGAUACCGAUGGGUCCAAGUAUUUCCGAGGGCCGGGUUUUGGUACUCCAGCGUAUCUCACACACCUCAGAGCUAAGAGCAGAGACUUUAUCAAGGGAGGAGAUGCCAUCUUUCUACUCACAAUGGAAGAUGUGGCCCAUCUGACACAAUCCCAGCCUGUGCCUCCCACAACCUUAAGACCUACCACAUCCACAUCCACUACCACUAAUGCUUCAGAUAUUUGCCAAAAUKUGCUGUGUCAGAAUGGUGGAAUCUGCGUUGAGGAUCAAGGGAAGCCUUCUUGCAGGUGUGUGGUGGGCAGCGACUGGUGGUACUACGGGAUUGUCUGUCAGCACAAAGGCUCCACGCAGGAUAAAACCACUCUAGCACUGGCCUCCUCCCUGUCUGUGCUGGGAGCAAUGUUAGUGAUCACAGUAGUCAGCGUCCUCUGUAUGAAGAAGAAGUACAAGAAAAAGGCUAUGAACAACGACAGCAACAUGUACAUGCAAAAUGUGCAUGCCAAUGAUGGACCCUAACAAUAACYUGGACUUUGUUUUUCAAUGAAAACAUUACAGCUGUUGACGGAGAGCMGGAUUAAAUCCAACGUUGCCUUAGAUUGCCACCUAUUGGUCAUUUGAUGUAAAGUCAUGGGCRCGAUGGAGGAAGUUUUAAUGCGUAAAUGGAGAU